AUGUCCAAAACUCUAAAGAAAUGUCUAGACAAAACUCAGGAAGAUAAUAUUCGCGUGUCACCUAUGAUCAUUCCAAAGGUGAUUCGAGUCGUAAAUUGUUACGCAUCACUUAUUGAGUCAAAUAUAUCUCCUCCACCUUUCAGUCUAGACUCUGAUCAGGAAUGCUCCAAGCCUAAGAAAAGCUACAAGAAAAAAAUUCGUGUUGCAAAAAAUCCUGUUGAAGGAACCUACCUAAAUCGUGCUCUUGAUUUUUUAACCAGCAUUGAGACAUCCACAGCUCCAGAAAGCAACAACCAAUCCUCAGAUGACAGCUCAUCAGAUUCUUCUGAUUCCGAUGAAAAUUCAAACACCCUGACUAGAUCCAGUACAAAGGAAAAACGAAAAUCGUUUAAAUGAUGUUUAAGUCCUAUUGACUCAUCUAGAUGACCUCAGAUUGACCUGAGUGAUGCCCCCACCACCAUAAAGAAUUCUCCUAUGAAAGACAGCUUAAAUCUCGAGUUCAGGGCAAAAUAUCCUUUUCUAGACAGCAGACUGACUCUUUGCAAAAUUGUGACUGUCAGAGAAAACAUCAUUUUUUGGCUCUGCAAAACUUUCGACAUUGAAGUUUGCACAGUCGCAAUCGCUUGGACACUUUUCCAGAGGUUGCUUGGGAUGAAUGUAAUCACUUUUGAUAAUAUCAAGCUGUAUGGGGGAAUUUGUGUAUUAUUAGCAUACAAAUUUAAUGAAGAAACCCAUCUGAAUGUUUCGAAAGAGCAGUUGAGGUUAAUAGUGAAAGCAGUUUGCAGCAUUGACAAGAACCAAAUUUUGCAGACAAAGGAGAUUGCUAAGUGGGAGUUCAAGGUUUACUCAUAUUUAAGUUUUUCACUGCUUUUAGACCCUGAUGAAUAUGAAAGCAGCUUUAAUUACAUUUUAGGCAGGCUAAACGUAACCGCUGAAGAGUAUUUAUCAGAAUCUCCUAAUUUCCUCUUGGCUCUAAUUUAAAAUUAUAUUUACUUUUUUUCUAAUUUCAAGAAAUUCUAAUUUAAGUUAUAAAAUUUACGCAUUAAAAUGCCAGAUGUUUUAAAAUUAAUAGAUUUAGCUAGAGAUUUCAUUUUAAAAAUUAAUACUUAUAUAUCGAACUAUUUUUUAUAACAAAUUUUUAUAUUAGGAACUUUUUUGCUAGCCAAAAGGUUUUUCCGAAAAAAGAGAACAUUUAAAUGGCUUUCACUCAGGAGGGUUAAGUUUAUUCCAAGAAGUCCAUCAGUAUAG